AUGGAUUCGAGACAACAGCCUCCACAACUCCCUUUUGCUCGUAACGCUGCAUCACCAGUUUAUGGUCGAUCGCCUUUCCCGCCUGCUCCUAGCUCGAGUUCGACAGUAGCAACAACCUCUUCACCUUUUCAUCCCUCAAAUCCUGCAUCUGCAGGUCCUGCUGCGUACAGCGAGCAUCAACAUCAACGACGACCCUCGGACACAAGUCCAUUUUACUCACAAUCUAGACCACCACCUUAUGCGCCCGAACCCACAUCGCAUCCUGCACCCUCCCAUUCGCGGCAUCAGAGCGCGUCAUCUAUUAAUGCUCCUCUAAGUCGGAAUAUGCCUCCGCCUUCGUCCCCUCAGCAUCAAGCCCAACAACCGCCUCCCGCUUCUCAUCCUCCACAUCAAAUGGGUCACUAUGGCGCGCCACCUGCGCCGAGAGCUCCUCCCGUAAAUCUGGGACCCCCAAGCGCUUUCCCCUCCGCUCGAGAGCUCCCUGCAUUAAACUCCAUACCCCGAACAGGAAGCACAGGAGGAAGUAUGUCGAUAUCAUCCAUGCUCGGAGGCCCUCCGCCAGCUCCUCGUGAGCCGACCCCGGGCCAUCCAGCCUCCUUUGCGCCUCCCACUACCACCGCUGCCGUCUCCGGGCCAGCAUAUGUCGCGUCUAUACAUGCAUCUCCUAGGAUGCAGAAUGCGAACGAAUAUGCUCCUUAUAAUAGAAGGCCACAAACACCCGAUCAAGGUAGACCGUUUGAUGGGAGGGAUCAUAGGGGUAAUACGGCUGGGUCACCACCACAGAGUAUGUACGGAACCCCUGAGUUAUCUCGAUAUAACACGCCACAAGCGUAUCCGCCACGAGGGCCACCGAUGCCGCCAGCCGAGGAGAGGAGAGAACAGCCGGGACGAAUCCCUACUGCUAGUGUGCCUCCUUCUAGACCCAGUAGCCAACCGAGGCCUUAUGGCAUACCCCCGAGGUCGGUAGAUAUGGGAAGAGGUCCGCCGCCUGGAGACCCUGUCUACAACAGGCGAGAAGAAGUGCGCGCCCCUGGUCCCGCUGAAUACAACCCGGAGCGACAGCCACCCCGGGCUGUCCCGUAUGAAGAGCCACGCCGUUUUAUAUCCGAGCGAGAGGAACAGAUCAACCGAGAGGCAGAAUUUCGAGAGAGGGAGCGAAGAGAACGGGAAAGGAUGCAUUAUGAAGAACAGCGCCCCUUUAUAGCUGAGAGAGAACGCAUGGAACGGGAGAGGGAAAGAGAACAACAAAUGGAGAGAGAACGGGAAAGGGAAAGGGGAGAGAGGGACAGGGAGCUAGAGAUGCGUGAUAGGGCUAGAAGAGAGAGGACCACGUCUGACCCGAGUCGCCCUCACGGUCAGCACUCUGCGGAUCUCGGGCCCCAGGUGCUUCCACGACAGCCACCAUAUGGAAGACCUGACCCGCGGGAUCAUGCGGCAUGGCAACGACCUGGGUUCGAUCAACCACCGCCGAGAGACGCGUAUGGUCAACCUUAUCUUGGACCGCGACCAGGCGAGUUUCCUGCAACUACGGGAGCGUCGUAUGGGGCGCAUCCCGCUUACGCGCAACCUCCUCCCCACGAACGCUUCCCUCCGCCGGGACCACCUCCACAUGGAAUACCCGUGAGCCAACCGGGUCAACCGGGCCCACAGCCCACACAACAUCCAUACGAAUCUCCCGAAAGACAGCGUUUCGUUCAACAAGCGCACCCUCAGCAGCAACCACCACCACCACCACCACCAGCGGUUCACCGGGGUCGACCUGCCGAAGAUGGACCUCCUCCCCCGUCAGUUGCGUAUACUGGCGUAUCUGGUCCGGCCAACUUUGAGCCGGGUCGGCCGCGUGUUAUGGAUGAUGGGCCACCUCCUAUCGGACAUCAAAGGGCUUUCCUCGGCAUCCAGGAGACCAACCGUAAGGGACGGAUGUCUCCAUUGCCGCAGGCUGUCCAAGGUGUACAGCCACUGCUUCAUGGCCCCGCGGGUGAGCCUGGGAUCAAGAGUGAGUUCGGCCGUAUGUUCUCCGGCAUAGGAAGCGGUGUACGCGGUAUCGGCGUCUCUAGCCCAGCCCCCCCUAGCAUGCAACCCCAGUUCGCGAACACAAGCGUUCCGCGACAUGAUGAUGAGCACCCGGGACACGAGCUCCUUGUAGAACCUCCGGUGAAGACGCGAGCGAAACGUAGGAAAGCCAAGGAUGAAGACGGUAAGGGUGACGAGGAUAGUACUGGCAGAGCUACACCUGUCAGCCGGGCCAAGCGCGUCAAGCCCAAUCCUCAUCACCACCAUCACCAUCAUCACCACCACCAUCAUCAUGGCCCGGAAAGGAUUGCCUCGCCUUUGCAAGGAGCCAAUGGACAGCUCAAGGGGUUCAAGGCUAGCACGCCGAUCCCAUCUCCAACGCACAAGGAUUUUGCUGCUCUCACUCAUCAUCACCAACCUCCUAGGUCGGUUGGGGCCGGGUCUACGAAGCCGGCGGCACCCGGCUCGACCGUGAUUCCAAAACCAAACAAGAAAAUCUCAUCUCAGGCGGUCCUCGACAGCGUUGCGGACCGACCGCGAAAACAUCUAGGUGAUGUUGUAUACCAAGUGGUUCUGAAGCCUACAAAGUUAGACUCAUCUCAUCCCAAAUUCGGGUACUCGUCCAACCCACGCCCGCUUCCCCUGGAUGUGAUCAAAGGCAACGAGAACUCUACUCUGACGGUCAAGAUUCCACGAGUUCAUUUAACCCCGUCGGCCCGCGAAGAGAUUACCUCCCGUCGAGCCGUCUGGGGGACGGAUGUGUACACGGACGACUCCGACGUCGUUGCUGCGUGUAUUCAUGGAGGUUGGGUCCGAGGUGAAUGGGGCGAGGAUGUGGAUGUCGAUUUGCUUGAACUGUACAAGCCUGGAACUACGAAGAAACAGCGCGCCUUACCAACGGAGCAGCAUCUCGAAGUGUUGACCUCGCCGCCGCCUACGGGCCCUGCUCACGUACCCGCAGAUCGCGAUUUACACGUGACGCUGCUUAUCCUACCCGCUCUCGAAAAGUAUAGCAGCUCGACACGAUAUGGUAUACAAAGCCGCGAGUUUGGUGGGACAUACAACGGACGGAAGUCGAUUCACGAUGGAAUCAGUUUCACGGUUAUGAGCGUGCGCUGGGUGGAUGGGGCGGCACCGCAGAGCAGGCUUCGGGGCAAGGCUCGCAGGGAGCGGAUCAGAAAAGCGAUGAGCGAGGUUAAUCGAAGUCAGGUGGUGGAUAUAGCCGAGAAAGAGGUUCUGAGCAAAAUGGCGGCAGCGAGGGAUACCAGCGCCGGCCAAGAGAAGAGCACCGGGAAGGCUGUGGAUGGCCACGGAGAAGGGAAUAAGGAGAAUCGCCCUACUAACGUAUCAAAUGGAAGUGCCAUUUCCUCACCAAAUCAGGAGAAGCCUACUACCAUGGAUACGAAGAUGGACCUAGACGACGAGGCUAGGAUCAAGAAUGACUCGAUGGAGAGUCGAAACACAAAGACGGUAGACGCCAUGGCUGCUGCUGCCGCCGCUGCCGCCGAAGAAGAAUCAUCGGGAAAGCAAGGAACCGUCGGACCUGUGGGUACUACUGCAUAA